AUGGUGGCUGAGGGCAAGGUUCCCAACCCCAGAAGAUCGUGGGCAGCCAGGAACCAUUUGUGUUCCCAGUACAUCCCCAGGUUAGAUCCUGCAUGGCCUCUAGAGGCCACUGCAGAAGAAGUACUGGGGAGGCUGAGGAGCCGGCAGCUGUUCCAGUCAGAAUGGGACAUCGCUGCCUUUGUGGUCUUUCUCAUAUCUGUGGGCACUGUGGUGUUGUUGCUGUUGCUGGUUGUUGUCCAUUGCAGCUGUUGCUGCUGCUGCAGUGCCUCCCCCAGGCCCCGGAAGGAAAAGCCCAAGGGUGUGGAUAACUUGACCCUGGAACCUUAAUGCUAGCUUGCCCUUGGCAUGGGUCCUGCUGGAUGACAUUAACAGAGCCAAUGUUU